GGGUUGGUCUCAAUAGUUUCCGUUAUAUUUUUGGAAAGAUGUUGAGGCUCGCCCUUGGGUAGUUCUAGAGAGAAAGAAAAAACACGUAAAUUAGAAAAAGCUGAUGUAAGCAAAAUUAAAAAAAAAUGUAGAAAAAAAGGACAGUAGAAAAAAAGUUUCAACCCAGAAUGAGUAAUCAUUCGUAGGGAGCUGCAGACAAUGGCUAUAAGGGAACUUAAAAUCUGUCUUCUCGGGGAUACGGGAGUCGGGAAGUCCAGUAUUGUUUGCCGUUUUGUACAGGAUCAAUUUGAUCACAACAUAAGCCCAACGAUAGGGCAAUGUCUGCAAAUUCCUCACAAAUUAAAGCAUGGCAGCCACAGGAAUCCAUUAUUUGCCACGCAUCUUCCCUGAGUUCUGGUGCUGAAUGCAUGGAUGGGCCUUGAUCGCAGAGCAUCUUUUUUAACCAAGACUGUUCCCUGUGGAAAUGAGCUUCACAAAUUCCUCAUUUGGGACACAGCAGGCCAGGAGAGGUUUCACUCAUUAGCCCCGAUGUACUACAGAGGCUCUGCAGCUGCAGUUGUUGUGUAUGACAUCACCAAGCUGGAUUCCUUUCAGACACUGAAAAAGUGGGUGAAAGAGCUGAAAGAAUAUGGCCCAGAAGACAUUGUUGUGGCUAUAGCAGGGAACAAGACUGACUUGGGUGAUAUCAGGGAAGUCCCUAUGAAGGAAGCAAAGGAAUUUGCUGAGUCCAUUGCGGCCAUUUUCAUUGAAACCAGUGCAAAAAGUGCCAUAAAUGUGGAAGAACUUUUCAAGAAAAUCAGUCGGCAGAUCCCACCAUUAGACCCCCAAGACGUAGAAAGCAAUGACUCCUUUAAGCUGAGCCGGCAGCCGUUGCCUCUAAAUAGGCGCUGUUGCUAGUGGGAAACAUGACAGCAGGAACAAACAGUACGGAAUCGCAAGUAAACCACGAUCAUACUGGAUACACUUUGCGUGCUUGCUGUCCGGGCCUUGCUGAGUCAGGGCUGACCCAUCACGUCAGGGUUGUAAUUUAUGUUGCCACAUCAGGAUGUGGUUAUGUGUAGUAGUUUGUGGAACUAAGCUUGCUAUUUUCUUGCUACCUUGCUCAGAGGGUUGAAAGUACAAAAAAUAUAGUUAGUCCAACCCAGGACAAAUAUAAUCACAGUGUGUCCUUUUAUUUCGACUUAAUUCUGUUAUUUCACAGGUAGUUUCAGUUAGUUUUGUUUCAGCUAGUUUUAUUAUCUGUUAGAGAUUGUGUAUUGAAAAAUCUAAAUCAAGUCAAAGCACACCUUGAAGCAUUCCAUCUUUGGUACUUAUUUGCAAAUAGGUAUCUUUUUCUGUGAACUUCCCCGAUGUGUUGAGCAGGAUUUCGCACUGGCACUAGUUUGUAUGCUUUAGCCUGUGUUCUGCACUGACAAAAGUUAAAGCUCAUUGGACAAUUUCAGAUUACAUGCAUUGAAUGGGCACAGGUUUCAGACAGCGGCAGUUAAGUGCCCUAGAGUACCUAUGAAAGUCUUUCAGUUUACAAAUGCAGAAAAGGUUGGGGUGUUAUCAUAUUCCACACACUCAGUUGUCAGGAGGAUGUUGCCUGAAAAUAAUGUUUAUAAUUUAAUUAUGAAUUGAAUGUAGAAAUUCAUUGUUGAACUUUGUAAUGUUUUUUAUAUCCAGGUACAGAAUUAUCUAGAAUGACUUAGUGAAUGCUUUUGAUUCUUUUUUUUGUCAUCAGUAUUUCUGUAAUCUUUAGAUAAUAUACAGGUUAAUGUUUACUCUGUCCUCUGCUUGCAUCCCCUUUCAUUCAUAAACUAUAUGGAUCAUUCGAGUUCCAUGCUGGUAGCUGGUAGACAAAGACACACAAUAGAUACAGUCACUGUAACCUGUAUUUACUGUUAUGUUGGCUACCAUUUCUGAUUUAAUACACCUUGAAAAAGGAGAAUGGGGCCAAUUAAACAUGAGUAGAAUCUCUUUUUGCAGAGCUUUAGUUGUGAUAUAUAAAAAACAUCCAAUUUACUUACUGGUCACCUCUUGUCUGUCUGCUAUGGUGAUUGGUGUGUGGAUGGUCCGUUUACUAUUCUUAUUAUUUAAAUCACAAAAUCACAUUUCAAAGGUGGUGAAAAGCCUAGAAAAUGUACUAGUACAAGUGUUCAAAUGUGAUGUGCAGAAUAUCACAUUUAAGCCUGGUAAAUUGAGGAAGAAAUGUUCAGGAACACAGAAGCUAUGCACAGGCAUUUGAAAUUUAGUCCAUAUGUCUGUUAACAUACAUUGUUUGAUAACUGGUCACGUGACAUUGCUGUACGACAAUGAUGCCAACUGCUCAAAGUCAGUGCUAUGUAUAUAGACAGUGCUGGAGUAGAUAGUCCCACAAAUACUGAUCCAGAAUCAGCUAAUUAAUGUAUCCUUGUCAAUUUUACACAAAAUCUGAAUAUGAUCUUGGCUCAGUAUUCGAUCACCAUAUGGUGUUACAUUUCUGAUGAAAAUGAGACUGCCUACAUACACAGACAUUGUGUGGACACGACGGUACUAAUUAAGUGGUUUGUCAUCUGAAAAUAUAAACAAUUUCACCCCUA